AUGUCAAAAGAAAACGCGAACUCGCAAGUGUUUGAAGGCACUACUAGUGAGGAUGUUCGCCUUGAAGAUCUGGGCUACGAGCAAGAGCUUAAGCGUUCUUUUGGGUUGCUGUCUAUGAUUGGGUUCAGCUUCAGCAUUGUGACAUCAUGGACGGCUCUGAGUGGCGUAUUUAUUGUUGGGGUGACCGCGGGUGGACCACCAGUGAUGGUUUUCAGUUUCCUGGGCGUCAGCCUCCUUACGUUGGCUGUCGCGAUCCCCAUGGCAGAAAUGUGCUCGAUGUACCCUGUUGCCGGAGGACAGUACUCAUGGGUUGCUGCUCUCACGCCUCCAAGAUUUGCGCGAGGUUUAUCAUACGCGACCGGCUGGUUCAUGCUUAUCGGUCUUCUCGGGAUGGGUGCCACGAACAACUCAAUUGCCGCUAAUUUUAUCUUGGGAAUGGCGAACCUGGUGUAUCCGGAAUAUACUAUCGAAAGAUGGCAGACGGUGCUAGUCGCCUACCUUGUGGCCAUCCUUUCGGCUGCACUCAACCUCUGGGGCUCUCACCUCCUUCACCGAAUCUCCAAAUUCAUGUUGAUUUUCAACGUCGCUUCUUUUGUCAUCGUGACCGUCACCCUCCUCGCGAUGAACGAUCAUAAGCAACCAGCCUCGUUUGUUUUCCAAGAUUUCCAGAACGCAACCGGCUGGGGCACUGGAAUGGCUGCUAUCAUCGGCAUAUUGCAAGCAUGCUUUGGAAUGUGCUGCUACGAUGCCCCCGCACACAUGACUGAAGAGAUGAAGUCAGCUUCUAAAGAGGCGCCCAAGGCGAUCGUUAUGGCCGUAGUUAUGGGUGCGGUCACUGGCUUUGGCUUCCUUCUUACUCUUUGCUUCUGCAUUGGAGAUAUCACGGAGACUGCUCUCAGCAGUACUGGGGUCCCCGUCAUCCAGAUUAUCUACGACUCAACCGGCAGCAAGGCCGCCACAUGUAUUCUGUCUAGCAUGAUUACGAUAAUUUGCCUUGUUGCAGGUAUCAACAUUCUUGCUGAAGGAUCUCGUUCUGUCUAUGCCUUCGCUCGUGACAAUGGACUGCCCUUUUCGAAAGUCUUCAGCAAGGUCGAAAGCAAGAGCCAGGUACCAGUGAAUGCUGUUCUUCUCACUCUGGCUGUCCAACUGGCCCUUGAUGCUAUCGAGUUUGGCACCAUAACGGGCUUUGAGACUGUUAUAUCUAUAUCCACCGAAGGCUUCUUUUUAUCCUACGCUAUGGCACUUCUCAGCCGCCUGAUUGGAUACUUCUCCGGCCAUGUGACCAAGCUUGAAGGCCCCUACUCAUUUUCCACCCCGGUAUCCAUCGCGCUCAAUUUCAUUGGGCUCCUAUUCCUUCUUUUUGCUUCUAUCACAUUCAACUUCCCAAGUACAUACCCUGUCAACAAAGAGUCGAUGAACUACACUAGCGCUGCUAUUGGUGUCAUUGGUCUUAUCAGUAUCGUCACUUGGUUUACUACUGGCCGGAAGAACUUUACGGGCCCAGGUGCACUGAGCUUGUUGAAAGGCCAGAAUGCCACGCAGAAUACUGUACAAGCUGAGGCCGAUGGAGUCGACGAGAAAAAAUCUUAA